AUGGUGGCUGCACAGAGAAAGGUCCAGGAGCUCCCUGAUGAAGACGAGGAAGAGGAAAGCCCUGCCCGGAUACGGACCCCGCAGACUCUCUCUCGAGGCUGGGGAGAUGACAUUGAAUGGGUGCAGACAUAUGAAGAAGGUUUAGCAAGAUCAAAACAAAGCAAAAAGCCGCUGAUGGUCAUUCACCAUCUGGAAGACUGUCCUUACAGCCAAGCUUUAAGGAAGGCUUUUGCUUCCAGCACAGAGAUUCAGCGGAUGGCUCAGGAGGACUUUAUCAUGCUUAAUCUGGUACAUUCCAGCAGUGAUGACAACAUGGCGCCUGAUGGCCAUUAUGUCCCUCGGAUCCUCUUUGUCGAUCCUUCUAUGACAGUUCGAGCUGAUAUAACUGGCAAAUAUGGGAACAGGAUGUACACCUAUGAGCCACAAGAUAUUUCAGCCUUGAUUGAAAACAUGAGACAAGCCAAGUCACUUCUCCACACAGAGCUCUGAACAGCGGGUGCCUCUGAGCUGCGCACACAGAGACCGAAGUGCUGAAAAACACAGCGAAACACAAGCCCGUGUGUGCAUGUGUGUGCUGUCUUGUACGUUCGCUCAAAUACCCUUUCAGAAAAGCCACAUUUGCGAGAACGCCGUGCAGUUCCUGUGCAGUAGAUGUGUGGAAUGAUGCACUACCCGCCCCUUUUUUAAGAAGUUUCUCGCGAUGACUUCAUGAUUGUCAUCGAUGUACAAGAACUUUCCGUGCUGGUGUUUACAAACUCUUCUUUACCCCGAUUAGCACAG